ACUCUUCGAUCUCGCCAAGAAGGGAAGGGAAAGAAGAAAGAAGAACGAAAAAGCAAAGAGAUAGGGGUGAUACGGUGGGAAUUAAGAAAAAGAUGGAAGGGCAAGAAGGUAAGCAGGAAGCUAAGCUGGUGUUGGCGAACAAGCUCUUCCUUCUAACUCACCCAGACGUUCCAGACAUUGAGAAAGUCCGUCUCAGGGAAGAUGUCUUCUCUUUUGUUAAAGCCGACGGCAUGGCUCUCCUCUACGAAUCCCUUGCUGCAGACUCUGUGUUAGAGAUGGAUCAAGCGCUUCUGGAUUCGAUGCGAUCGGCAAUUGCUGAUGAGCUUAAGAAGCUCGAUGAUAAGAUUGCUGAUGCAGAAGAGAACUUAGGUGAGAGUGAAGUGCGAGAGGCUCAUUUAGCCAAAUCCUUGUUUUACAUCCGAAUAAGCGACAAAGAAAAGGCUCUGGAGCAACUUAAAGUGACUGAAACCAAAACAGUUGCUGUGGGUCAGAAGAUGGAUUUGGUGUUUUACACGCUGCAGCUUGGAUUCUUUUAUAUGGAUUUUGAUCUCAUAGCCAAGAGCAUCGAUAAAGCUAAGAACCUUUUUGAGGAGGGAGGUGAUUGGGAAAGGAAGAACCGCUUGAAAGUGUAUGAAGGCCUCUACUGCAUGUCCACCAGAAAUUUUAAGAAAGCAACAAAUCUAUUUCUUGAUUCCAUUUCGACCUUCACAACUUACGAGCUAUUUCCCUAUGAUACCUUCAUUUUCUACACUGUCCUUACAAGCAUAAUAUCAUUGGAUAGAGUUUCUCUUAAACAAAAGGUGGUGGAUGCCCCAGAAAUUCUGACAGUGAUUGGAAAGAUCCCAUUCCUCUCUGAAUUUCUGAACUGUCUCUAUGGUUGUCAAUACAAAUUAUUCUUUUCGGCAUUUGCCGGCUUGACGGAGCAAAUAAAACUGGAUCGUUAUCUGCAGCCCCAUUUUCGGUAUUACAUGAGGGAGAUCCGCACUGUAGUCUACUCUCAAUUUUUGGAAUCCUAUAAGAGUGUAACCAUGGAAGCAAUGGCAAUGGCAUUUGGCGUGACGGUGGAUUUCAUCGAUUCGGAACUGUCCCGCUUUAUAGCAGCAGGGAAGCUUCACUGCAAGAUUGACAAGGUUGCAGGAGUCCUGGAAACGAACAGACCGGAUGCCAAAAAUGCCCUUUAUCAAGUGACGAUCAAACAAGGGGACUUCUUAUUGAAUAGGAUUCAGAAACUGUCUCGUGUGAUUGAUCUGUGAGACAGAACACCCUAAUUAGUGAUAGAUGAGGGUUGCUGUGCUGUAUUGCAUUGCAGCACAGCAC